AUGCCUCCGAAAACGCCUGCUGAAACACUUGCGAGUCUAGGCUUUGACCCGCAACUUCUCGAAUACCCUUUUCCCGCAGAGACAGGGUGGUGCAUCCACUGCUUCAGGGUAUCACUGCGUGCCUGGGACGAGACAAAGUGGGGGCAACCCUUCAAGGUGAACUGCAUUCGGGAUCCAGUCACCUUGAAGCGUUGCCAGAGAUGCUGCCAUGCCCGCGACAGGUGUGAACUUCUAUACGAAGGCAUCCGGGGCCACGGGUUCGAACUUCAGGCAUUGCUGGAAUGGAUCCAGGAGAUCUGGAUCAACGAGGAAUCCGGGAUUGGCGAAGGCGAGGAUGUGAGCCUGGUGCACGACAUCGAGAUUGUCAACGCCGUUGCAGGGGCGGUUCGAGACCUCUGCUCGGCUCUCGAUUGUCUGAUCAAAUCCCACGGCAAGGCCCACAGCCUCGCGGGCCGGCAUGGUGGAGAUGCCGCAGAUAUGGCGGCAUACGCUCAGUAUUGCGCCCACCAGCAUGCCUCCUUCCAGGCUCCGCCUUCGCUUGGUCUCCGGAGCGAUGGCACUCCGCACCCGAAGCUCGUCCAAUUCGAGCAUGCGGCUCGCCAGUACCUCCGUCUCGAGACCCAGUUUGCCCUACCUUGGUACAUCGAGGUCCUCGCGCUCAAGCAAACCAUCGAGGCGCUGAUUCGGGAGAAGUAUGACCACAGCGAUCCCAACAUCGCUCGCUGGUAUAAGGACAUGAUGGCAGCAUUUCCUUUGGCUAUUCCUCUGCUGUAA